CGCGCAGACGCAGUUGCGCGCCGGCGGGUGUUCAGACCGGAUGUGGUUACUGCUGAGGUCACUUCCGGCGGGUGACGGUGCGGACGGGUCAGAAGCGUAGAGGCGGCUGCAAAAUGGCGGCGCCUGAGGAGCGGGAUCUAACCCAGGAGCAGACAGAGAAGCUGCUGCAGUUUCAGGAUCUGACUGGCAUAGAAUCUAUGGAUCAAUGUCGCCAUACCUUGGAACAGCAUAACUGGAACAUAGAGGCUGCUGUACAGGACAGAUUGAAUGAGCAAGAGGGUGUACCAAGUGUUUUCAACCCACCACCAUCCCGACCCUUGCAAGUUAAUACAGCUGACCACAGGAUCUACAGCUAUGUUGUUUCAAGACCACAACCAAGGGGGCUGCUUGGAUGGGGUUAUUACUUGAUAAUGCUUCCAUUCCGGUUUACCUAUUAUACAAUACUUGAUAUAUUUAGGUUUGCUCUUCGUUUUAUACGGCCUGACCCUCGCAGCCGGGUCACUGACCCCGUUGGGGACAUUGUUUCAUUUAUGCACUCUUUUGAAGAGAAAUAUGGGAGGGCACACCCUGUCUUCUACCAGGGAACGUACAGCCAGGCGCUUAAUGAUGCCAAACGGGAGCUUCGCUUUCUUUUGGUUUAUCUUCAUGGAGAUGAUCACCAGGACUCUGAUGAGUUCUGUCGCACCACACUCUGUGCUCCUGAAGUUAUUUCACUACUAAACACUAGGAUGCUCUUCUGGGCAUGCUCCACAAACAAACCUGAGGGAUACAGGGUCUCGCAGGCUUUAAGAGAAAACACCUAUCCAUUCCUGGCCAUGAUUAUGUUGAAGGAUCGGAGAAUGACUGUGGUAGGACGGCUAGAAGGCCUCAUUCAGCCUGAUGACCUCAUUAACCAGCUGACAUUUAUCAUGGAUGCAAACCAGACUUACCUGGUGUCAGAACGCCUAGAGAGGGAAGAACGAAACCAGACCCAAGUGCUGAGACAACAACAGGAUGAGGCCUACCUGGCCUCUCUCCGGGCUGACCAGGAGAAAGAGAGAAAGAAGCGGGAGGAGCGGGAGCGGAAGCGGCGGAAGGAGGAAGAGGUGCAGCAGCAGAAGUUGGCAGAGGAGAGACGGCGGCGGAAUUUACAAGAGGAGAAGGAAAGGAAGUUGGAGUGCCUGCCCCCGGAGCCUUCCCCUGAUGACCCUGAAAGUGUCAAAAUCAUUUUCAAAUUACCCAAUGAUUCUCGAGUAGAAAGACGAUUCCACUUUUCACAGUCUCUAACAGUAAUCCAUGACUUCUUAUUCUCCUUGAAAGAAAGCCCUGAAAAGUUUCAGAUUGAAGCCAAUUUUCCCCGGAGGGUGCUGCCCUGCACCCCUUCAGAGGAGUGGCCCAACCCCCCCACGCUGCAGGAGGCCGGACUCAGCCACACAGAAGUUCUCUUUGUUCAGGACCUAACAGACGAAUGACACUUUUUCUUCCUCUCCUUUUCCACCCCAAUCCCUAAAAGAAAUGGAAAAAAACAAAACAAAAAAAUAAGAGAGAGAAAUUCAUAUUAUUAUUAUUAUAAUACAAUAUUUUUUUUAAAAGACUGCUGCAUCCUACGGAAGGAUCAGAAACCAUGCUGCCUGCAAAAGUCACCACCUGUGUGUGCACUCGAGGUUAGCAGUGAACGUUCCUGCUGGCAAACCCAACCUUCCCUACUGCCUCUGCACCACACACCUUCCAAUGAAAUGAGACUCUUCACCUCCAACCCAGCCAUUGUCCUAACUGGGGAAGGGAACAUUCCCACUAGAUCUCAUUCAUUCUUGCUUUUAUGGAAAAUAAAAGUGAAAAAACCUCCAACAACCAGCUACUGCAGCAUCUCCUGAGGACUUGCUUCUUCCACCUCUGGAGAAGAGAGGGAAGGGAAGGCACAGAGCAGAAAUGUUCCUUGAACUUCCCACAAUUUAUGAAUAACUUUAAAUUUUUGUUGUUGCUUUGUAAUGACCAAAGGAAUGAGGCUGACAUAGGUGUAUUUUUUUUUUCCUUAACAUCAUUUGAUAAAGAGCCAUUUCUUAAACCCAUGAGUUCUUGCCCUGGGCUCCUUAGCCCACAAGAGUGUAAUAAAGGUGUCCCAGGCUGGUUUGUGCUUAUUUCUGCCAUUGUCCCUCUCAUGUUCCCAGAGGUUCUUUUUGGUCCUACUCUUGCUGUCCUUUCUUGCCACCUUUGCACCCCACUUGGUACAAUAGGAGGAAAUCUGGGUUUGUAGCCCUACAAAGGCUGUAUAUGUACAGAUACACCCAUAUACAUGGUAUGAACUCUGUGUAGACUAACCUAUACGUACAACUGCAGCUUUUCCUUGGAAUCUGGACCAGGUGGUCAUUAUGGGAUCUGAACAAAGGAUAUGUGUUCUGACAUGUGCAUGCUAUUCCUGCCCAGCCCUGAGCUUUUCUGAAUUGCCAAGCUUGGUGCCUUUCCAGAGGACUAGCAGGGUCUGUGGUGGAACCAGCAGAACCAUGUGAGAGUACCCCGCCUGUCUCACUGGGAAUGUGGUGGUGGUGGUGGUGUUUUAAGGGUUGAAAGAACCGGAGGCCUUGAAGGGAGCCAAGACAGAACUCAGCCUGUGUAAAGUGUCGGAAGGCACAUUUCAGUUUUUGAUGUAGCCACCUGCUGGGGGCAGUUUUAUCCUCUCCCUCUAUUGCUGUGUUGAAGCAGUAGGGGUUUUUCCCUCUGAUGUCUCAUCUGUGGUUGAGUUUAUGGUCAUGGGUACUGGGGUCAGGCCAUGUAUUCUCAGAUGUCAGCAUGAGCUGACAAGUAUUCCAAAGUGUUCUGUAGUUAGACUUGCAGAUCUUGUAACACUGCAACCUACUGAAGUUACUGAAGUUAUUGCAGUUCCCUAGCGUGCUGUGAGGCCAGGGGUUCAUGUCAACAUAAAGCAUAACUUGCUAGAUUUGCAGCCUCCGAAGGCUUUCUCUUGCUUAGCUAAACCUAAGGACCAUUCUUUUAGGUAGAAGUGAUGUGACUGCUCUUCUCUGCCACCCUUAGUGGUUGGGGUAAACACCAAGGGGUAGGGUGAGGAGUCCCAUGGGAAUCACCUGGGGAGCCUGAGAAUUUCCCACUGACCUUGGCACAGGUGUCUAGGUGUCUACAGCACCAUCUCCAGGAAACUUUAAUUUUGCUCCUGGCUGCCUGUUUUUCUUUCACUUUGUUUCCUGCUGUCCCAAGUCCAGAUGAGUGGGAAAUUGCUUUCCGACUGUUGUCAUAAAAUGUAUCUGGAGUGACUAAGGAUAAACCGUGUUUUCCACGCUACCUUACGUGAAGUCGGCUUCCUGCUGACAACCAUGCAAAGAUGAAUUUUUCCACUGAACUCGGAGCCACCCUCCCUGUCUGGAAUGCAGAGCUGUUUCCCUGCGUAGGAGGGUAUUAAGGACCUUCACCAGCCUGGGUGUACCAAGUAUCUUUUCCACACCUCUUUGGGAAGUUGUAAAUUUUUUUCUUAAUAAUUCAAUCUGCAUCUUACUCUAUGAUGUGCACUUUACGCCUCUUGCCUUUUGAUAACUUGUCCAGUGAAGGAGGUCAGAUGCCAGAGUAUUAUUAAAGUCUAUUCGUGUUGGUACAACUCUUGGGAUGGCCUAUCCAUAUACUUUAGUUUUCAAGAGGCUCCACCUGAAACACAUGCUUCUUCCUAGUGUUGAAACAACGCUGCUUUACUCAGUCCCGGUUCCUGUCUUCAUGCUGACCUAGACCUGCUGCCUAGGUGCCAUCUUCUUUCCUCCAUGAAAGAUGCACAUUUUGUCAACGCCCGUACAAUCUGUAUGUCACUCCCAAGGACCUCUGGGAACUUGAUGGGACCUGCAAGUGAGAAAAUACUGAGAAGCCGGUGAUCUGCAAGCAUUUGUUCUUCUUUCUAAAUCACCUGAUUAUUUCAGCUAUUGUUUCCAAAUGGCAAGUCAUCAACUAAACAAAAAACACUUGUUUCCAGUUUUGUUCUGUACUCCCAAGACUAAAGUUGUAGGUUCAGCUGGAUUUCCAUAGGAAAUGACCAAGCAAAGAUACCUAAUUGAAGUCAGUCGAAUUUCUGCAGCCUCAGUCUUUUCUUUCACUUCUGCAGAAUUUCCUGCAGCAAAUACUUCUUUCUCCUUGCUUGUUUUCACUAUGAUGUUUGGAUAAGAGAUGGCCAAUGGAGAAUAUUUCUUUAAAAAAUAAUAAUAAGCUAAAAAGAACCUAGAAUCUUCAACUGAGCAGUCAUGAAAAUUGCUAAUGGUGCCAAGGCCAAGAAAAAAGUUACAGAAAAUGACUGUGGGAAGGAGUGA